AUCCGAGCCAACCUCAACCUCCAUUGCCCAGAAACAGAAGCAACAGAUUCAAGAAGCCAUCCAUCGCACCACAUGUCUAAUACUUUGAGGCCCUACUUGGCCUGCGUCAGAGCUACUCUGACGGCGGCGCUGACGUUAGAGGACUUUGCCUCGCAAGUCGUAGAGAGACAUAAUCGACCAGAGAUUGAAGCUGGGAAAACCCCCGAAGUCCUCUUGACGCCUCUCUACAUCUCUCGUACUCCCUCCGAAUACGUCUUGAUCGAACCAUCAAUCAACUCGGUCAGACUCAGCAUCAAAAUCAAACAAGCUGAUGACAUCGAACAAAUCCUGGCUAGAGGAGUGACGAGGUUCCUGAGUCUCCGGGCAGAAAACUUUAUCAUCUUGAGAAGGAAACCGAUCAAAUCGUUUGAUAUAAGUUUCCUGAUCACGUCGCGUAACAUCGAAUCGAUGAUCCGAUUGAAAGUGGUUGACUUCAUUAUCCAAUUCAUGGAAGAUGUCGAUCGAGAAAUCAGUGAGAUGAAGUUGAGCUUAAACGCCCGUGCCAGAAUCGUGGCUGAAUCUUACUUAACUCAGUUUGUGUAAAAUAGAACCCUCAUCGUUUUUUUAUCAUUAUUGGGUUUGAUGACGACAGCGGUAUCUGGCCUCAAAUAAGGUGAUACAGUCGGUUUUCUGUCGAGAUUUGCCAAAAACACCCUGCUACAAUGUAACAUGUCAAACCUCAUAAGUUCUCUCUUUCAACAGCUGCCAUGGACAAUUACAAGAUCGGAUCAGUAGAA